GUUGGGCGUGGAUCUUUAUCACCAGUUGUUGGUGUUGUCCUUUCAAUGGUGGCCACCGGUUUGGUACUUUGUUGAUGGGUCAAGUGUUGUGGGUUUGUUGAGGCGUUCCUUCUUGGCUCCCAUUCGGUGGUGACUGGUGAGGUAGGGGAAAGUAGAAGAGCUAGAGAGAAAGCAAAAAGGGGAGGAGAUUUGCAGGCUAUUUCUCGGUGUGGCACAAUGAAGCAUAUGAAGCUUGGUUCCAAGCCGGAUGUCUUUCAGACAGAGGGCAGCAAUAUCAGGUUUGUUGCAACAGAGCUGGCAACAGACAUCGUUAUCUCCAUAGGAGAUGUCAAGUUUUAUCUUCACAAGUUCCCUCUUUUGUCAAAGAGUUCACGGUUGCAAAGAUUAGUAGCUUCAAGUAACGAGGAAAGCGACGAUGAAGUGAAUAUAUCUGACAUUCCUGGUGGUUCUUCUGCAUUUGAAAUUUGUGCCAAGUUCUGCUACGGCAUGAUUGUAACACUCAAUGCAUAUAAUGUUCUUGCUGCUCGUUGCGCAGCUGAGUACCUAGAAAUGUUUGAGACCAUUGACAAAGGAAAUCUUAUCUACAAAAUUGACGUGUUCUUGACAUCGAGCAUUUUUCGCACCUGGAAAGACUCAAUCAUAGUUCUGCAAAGUACGAAGUCAUUGCUGCCAUGGUCUGAGAAUUUGAAGGUAAUCAACCACUGCAUUGAUUCUAUUGCAUCGAAGGCGUCAAUUGAUCCGUCAGAGGUUGAGUGGUCAUACACCUACAACAGAAAAAAGCUCCAAUCCGAGAAUGGUGUUGAUUCUCACUGGAAUGGUGUCAGGAUGCAACAGAUGGUCCCUAAGGACUGGUGGGUUGAGGACCUUUCUGAACUUGAAAUGGAUUUGUACAAGCGUGUGCUCCUAACAAUCAAGGCAAAGGGAAGAACACCUGCUGUAGUUAUUGGAGAAGCACUAAGAGUCUAUGCAUUCCGACGGCUGUUUGGUUCCCUUGAAGAUGCCGUGAGCAAUGGAAUUGAUUGCACAAAACGUCGUGCAGUUCUCGAAAGCAUUGUAUUUCUGCUGCCCACUGAAAAAGGUUCAGUGUCAUGUGGUUUUCUUCUCAAGUUACUAAAUGCUGCAUGCUUGCUGGAAUCUGGUGAGUCUUAUCGUGAUAACUUGGUAAAGAGAAUAGGCACCCAACUGGAUGGUGCUUCAGUUCCAGACCUUCUUAUACCAGCAACCAGUGCUGAAAAUGGCGUGUAUAAUGUCGACCUGAUCAUGGCAAUAGUAGAGCAGUUCAUGUCACAUCAUAGUGAUAAUGGUAAAAUGACUUUUCAAGAUGAUGAUGAAAUUGUGGAAGUCGAGAAGUUUGCUUCUGUUUCCAGCACGUCAAAGCUGGCAGUUGCAAAGCUGAUCGAUGAAUAUCUUGGUGAGAUCGCUAAAGACCCUAACCUGCCUGUUCUGAAGUUCAUUGCACUUGCUGAAAUGGUGUCUGCCUCGUCCCGACAAAUGCAUGACGAACUAUACCAUGCCAUCGACAUGUAUCUAAAGGAGCACCCCAGCCUAUCAAAGAGCGAAAAGAAGAGAUUAUGUGGAUUGAUGGACUGCAAGAAGCUGUCCCAGGAGGCCUGCAUGCACGCGGUGCAGAAUGAACGGCUUCCUCUGCGUGUGGUUGUGCAAGUUCUCUUCUUUGAGCAAGUCCGAGCAUCAGCCGCUUCUGCCAGGAGUGACUCUGGAGCCGACCUUUCAUCUGCUGUUCAUUCGCUUCUUCCCAGAGAGAAUGGCAACUCGUACGGCAGCUCCAGGUCAGCAGCCACAACAACAACGGAAGAGGAAGGUAGUGGAGUCCCGACAUCCAGCGACAUCAAUUCUUUCAGGUCGAUGCGGCUCGCCAACAACUGCGGUGGCAGCGAGAGGAGCAGCACCAGCAGCGACAUCAACAAGAACGGCGAAGACAAGAGCACCACCACCGGCAAGGCGAAAGUGAUGCUGAUGCCGAAGAUGCUAAGCAAGCUCUGGUCUGGGAAGGCGCACGUCGGCGAGAACAGUAGCUCGGACACGUCGGAGAGCCCCGGAUCCGCGAACCCGGAGGAGGUGAAGUCCACGCCAUCACGGAACACGAGGCAAUUGACGUCCUAGUGGCUGGUGCUGACAGUAUCAUAGCACACGUAGUUUUUCGCUGUCAUUGCUUUGAUUUUUUUGCUUUACACGAGAGUAGCAAUCUUAAAAUGUGGAAUACUACAACUGACUGCCCUGUCGCCGAUGAUGUUUUUGUAGCAUUUUAUGCUAGUAAACUGGUGUAGCCCGUAGAGGUCUGGUCAUUGGUGUUCAGGAACACAUUUCACAAGAUAAAACUGUAAUUGUUUUUGUUUUCGGUGGCAAUAUAAAAGGAAGCCUUUUUUGGAGGA